CACACAACGCCAAGCGUUUGGUCGAAAUUGGAUUUCAUUCGUAAAUUUGACCGAGAACGGAUUGUGUUUUGCUAAAGGUGCAGCUGUCUUUGCGGCGAUAUCUAUUUUAAUAAAAAAUAGUGAUUGCCAAAAUAAAUUUAAAAUCAAAAAGUCUUCAAGUGAAUUAAAAACUAACUUGUAGCAGCUGGAUUUGUUUUGCGUCUGUACAUACACAAACUUAUCGAUUUGUGUGACAUCGGAUUAGACGACGAAUACGCUACCGCUGGCAGCCAACAUGGCGGACGACGAGCAAUUCUCGCUGUGUUGGAAUAAUUUUAAUAGUAAUUUGUCUGCUGGUUUUCAUGAGUCGCUAUGUCGGGGCGAUUUGGUCGAUGUGACUCUAGCGGCAGAGGGGCAAUUUGUUAAGGCCCACCGUUUAGUACUCUCGGUGUGCUCGCCCUAUUUUCGUAAAAUGUUUACCCAAAUGCCGGCCAAUCAACAUGCUUUCGUUUUUUUAAAAGACGUAAGUCAUACGGCACUUAAAGAUUUAAUACAGUUCAUGUAUUGUGGAGAAGUAAAUGUAAAACAGGAAGCUCUACCAGCGUUUAUAAGCACAGCAGAGGCUCUCCAAAUAAAGGGGCUAACUGAUAGCGAUCCACCACCGUCGCAAUCUCCAGCAGAACCUUCAACACCUACGCCCCAAAUUCAGCAAAUUUCCUCGCCUCGCGUUCGUCAACGUACAUCAGCAACCCGUUCAUUUAAAAUUGAAUCGGUGGAGGACUCUGGAGAUGAUAAACAAACUCAAAUAGUUAUUCAAACAACUUCAGCUCCUCCUGCGCAGCAAGUAGUUACUCAACCACAAACCCAACAUCUGCAACAGACUCAAAGUCAAACGCAUAUAGCACCUCAGCAAAUCGCAAGUACCACUACCGCCGCUACUACCACUGUUGUUACGCAUAAGCGACCAGCGCGUAGCAUUGGAAGUGGACCCCACAUCAAACGCACCAAAAGUACAAUUGACCCCCUAGACACAUCUGAUCCGUCGACCGGGGCCCAGCAAAUUACUGUACAAACAGCUGUUGUAGCUGCCCCUGCACCGGAACCUAAGGCACAAGUUCAACAACAACAACCUGAACCCGAAUAUAUUGACUUGCCAAUAGAAUUGCCCACAAAAUCAGAACCGGACUAUGCGGAAGAGGCCGGAGACGUAGAAGGAGGGGAAAAUGAGACCACAUAUGUAGAAGAUGAUUCAUAUGGGGAACUACGGUAUGAUGAAAGCUAUUUCACGGAAAACGAUGAAGCACCUACGGGUGCGACGACGGGGCAAAGUAGUAAUGUGUCUGGCGGUGGUGCGAAUGCAACUACAUCAAAGGCUUUGGUGAAACAACAACAAUCAUCAUUCUCAGACAAUUCGUACGUGGACGUGGCGGAUCAGGCGAACAGUGACGCACAAGUUAAAGAAACGUUAACGUUGCCGAAAAUACUUGAUGGAAAGUUUUACAGAGAUGUGCAACCAAAUCUUAAAACUGUGGGUGGAAUUCAAGCGACAUGCACCACUUGUUUGGGCACAAUAUCUGGCACAACGAAAUCUACAGGAAACUUUUUGAGUCAUAUUAAGAGACGCCAUAAGGAUAUAAUAGCUACUUGCCAAAUGUAUUGUCGAACAAAGGUGCAAAAUUUGAACGCUGUUUUAUCGAAUACUUACAAUGACGAUUCUGACAACAUCAAAAAAGAAAAAAGUAUGAAAGAACUAAAACAAGAACCCCUAAAUGUAGCAAUAUAUACUGCCACUGGAAUAUUACCUCAACAUCAAAUUCAAGGUCAGCAUGGCAUUGCUACACCAGCAUUCAUAUGGCACAAAUCAUUACCACUGGCUCCAACAAAUUCCAUGGCAGUUGCUGCAACGAUGCAAUAUCGGAAAUUCAAUACGGAUAUGCAACCAACAUUUAAGAAUCGAGAAAAUUAAAGUGUACAUCUGCCAGAAGUCUGUUAGUAUUAUAUUUAUUCAGUGGUCGAAAAUAAUGAUCUCUUAACGAACUGUCAAUAGACAUAGGAUCAGCGAAAGAAAUGCAUGUAAAAUAUCGCAUAUGUACUUGUGUAUUAUGUUUUCCAUUAUGGCUCCAUGCCUUGCCGAAGCCGAAAUUUCAAUAUAACGAGCAAAAAUACAUAAAAAAAAUUUAGUUUUUUAGCACAUCUCACAUAAUAUUAAGUAAUAAAGUUAAACUGUUUUCCCAGUCA